UCCACGCGUUCCGCCGGCAAAAAAUCGGUGGCUUAAUUUUUGCCGGUACAGGUUAUGACAAUUGACAGCUACAUUCUUCUAAGACAUAGUAUCAUAAAACAGCUAGAAUUUGAAGUGUCACGGUAAUAAGGGUGACGUUUUUUGAUGACAAUCUCGAAGCCCAUUCGAGUUGGAUUUAAAAGCGUCAAGUAAGUUGAAGAUUGUUCAUAAGUUUCAGUUCGUGAUUUGCCUGGUGAUUGCAUGCAUAUACGCGGUUUAAAACAAGGGACUGAGAGAGAAUGGGCAAAGUUCGCCAGCAACGGCAUCGAGAGGAUCUAGACGAGUCGAAUUCAUCUUUACGACUAAACAGAUCUGUGAAUGUAGCUAGUACUAGUGCAUUCAAUGUUUUUCGUGGGUUUAGUAAUCCGUUGAAACGAACAUCUCCAGGACUGAACACCGCGGUUAGGGGGAGUAAAAAACGAGUUCGUCGAAGCGGUUUCGCUGCCUUUGACUCGUCGCUCACUAACGACGAAGAAGUUUUAUCAAAGCGUACUCGCCAUGACAGUAGAAACGUAUUUCGUCCAAACAGCAGCGCUGGCGACAGUGGCCAGCAAGAUGCUUCUACUCCGGUAUUUUCCUUUCCCUGUCUUUCUGAAUGCUUUAGUAGUAGUGCCGGUACCUCUUCAUGGGGCGUGAAAAAAAAAUGUUUAGACAACCGUAGCAGAACGACCCGACACCGAAGCUCCGAAAAUAACAGCCCACCCAAACGGCAAAGGUUCAGCUUGGAUGAUUCCCUCGACGAAGACGAAGAUCACACUGAAACGGACUGUCAAUCUGCCGUCGAGCCACAUGAUGCUGGGAGUGGCAGUAAUAAUUACAGCGAGAUUCAGAACAUUUAUUCUCGCUGCAGUAUUGACAGAAGCACUGAGCAUUUCCAGGACCCGAAACGGAAAAAAAGACAGAAGGCUGUUGCAGAUGCAGCUAACGUGAGUAGGAACAACAACACCCAAAAUGACAACAACGACAGUAAAGUAGAUCCGGAUGAUUUGAAAAAACCGGCGCACAGAAGCUGGAGCAGAAUAGAAGACGAUACCAUCCAGGCCAGUCAGGACCAGCAGACAAGUGGCGAUGAGGAUGAUGACGAAAAGAAUAUAAUAAGCCGAAGCAGUGGAAACGAUACCGCUCGGCCAGUGGGAUCCCAUCAGCACCAUUUUAGUGGUAGUAGUGAUCGUGUGCCAACUGGAGUACGCUUGUUUCUUCAUCGAAACUCGGUGCUCGUGGCGUUAAGCGAUUCUGUCAUGAUCAGCUUUGCUGGGUCGGCUUGGCUCCAGGUGGCCCACGGCAGUGUACGCGUGUUCGACGUUCGCCUUCGUCCAUCCGAUGGUCCUGUGCAUGUGCAGUCAGUACCUGGAAGUUGCUUGCUGAUAAAAAACGCGAACUCAUAUGGCAACAAUAGCAGUAACAACAUCAGUCUAGGCCUGUACGACCGAAUGCAGCUGAUGGGUGCGGGUCUAGCGUUUGAUAAAGCCGGUGAAUUAAUUAAACGUUUCCCACGAAAAACAAUCAUCAUCCUCCAUGGACUUGGUACAGCGGAUCGAUACAGCAGCUUAAAGCCGAAUUUCCACCUUGCCACUGACUCUACUCCGGAGAACAUGUGGUCCGACUGCCGUUUCUACGUUACGCCAGUCGACGUCGGUUGGUUGCCGAACUAUUCCAACAAACAAUUGGACAUCUUGGUGACAAACUUCAUAAAGGCAUCAACUCGGACCGUGAUACGAGUCGCCAUUGUUGGUUCUAGGAACUCAGGCAAAUCAUCGACGAUGCGUGUCCUCUGCAACCGAAUUCUACACUCAUCGAGCGAUGACCAGCCGCAGUCUCAAACCGAUGGCGGCGGCGGGCCCCCUUCGCAGAAGACUGUACCGAUUUUUGUCCUCGACUUGGAUCCUGGUCAGACCGAGUUCACGCCUUCGACUUGUGUAUCCCUCGUCGAAGUCAACUGUCUACUGAUGGGUCCGCCUGGUGCUCAUCAGAUAAAGCCACGCAAAUCUUUAUUAGUUGGUGACAGCACCGCGGGUGCGCGACCUGAAUCGUAUGUAGCGGCAGUGAAUAGUUUGAUGUCGUACGUAAACAACGAGCUCACCUUUAAUCAUAUUCUCAUUGUAAAUACCAUGGGUUGGCUGAACGGAAUCGGCGACCUUCUGCUUGGGACGGUACUCGAUAUCGUUAAACCUUGCAAAGUUCUUGCCACCUCAGAGGGGAUUGAGCUGCCUACCAUGGCCUGGCCGGCAAAGCAUGUACAGAUUGAUGCUCCGAUUGUGUAUUUGAAAAAAAUUGAGGGGUUGUUCAUACAAGAUUCGUACACAAAACCGGUGAAACCUGCGGAGCACCGAAAAGCGACUAUUAUCAACUACUUCGGUGGCCUCAGCUUGCUAAGCAAGAAAACAAUCGCUUUGCCAUGGAAUUCCGUCGCGCUUCAUGAAGUCUCAGGGCUCUGUCCACCUCAAGAGUUGCUUCGCCUUAUAAACGCUAACGUGGUGGCACUCUGCAACGCUGCAGAAGAUACAAUUUGGAAAAGCAAGUCAGAUCCAACAGUUCCGAUGCUGCUACGAGAGACCUCCGGCACCCGGGACGAACCAAUGGAAUGUUUGGGUUUCGCAUUUGUUCGAGCCGUCGAUAUGUUACGAAAGACAAUCUACCUAAUAACGCCGGAAUCUGAGGAAACUGUUCGAUCUGCCAACGCGCUGGUACAUUGUACGGGGCUGAACGUGACAGAUUAUCUGGUGACAAACCAGAACAGGGGUAGUCGGCAAGGCCCGGCACCGUAUUCUCUAAGUACUGACACACCUCGACCUAUUUGGGAAUUGUAAAGCAAACAUUUGGUUCAUACCUGAUCAUUGCAUUAAACUAUCCAGGGUAAUUAAUAAUAGUAAAGAUUAAUAUUAUAUGCUGCUGUACUAUUGCAAGCGCAAUUAGAAAAGGGGAUGUCCGUUGCUGACAGUUACGUUGUAUAAAUCGGCCGGUAAUCUGUUUAAAACAGUGAUUACAGAGUUCAUUACGAGUGAGUGCAUAACAGCUGCUCGUGUUAUUUUGCACUCAUUUACCCGUGUUAUGCAACUGGGAGUGUGAUUAUGCCAUAGAGUGAUGAGUAUGGUAGUAAUAUGCCCAACGAAGUGAUGUAAUUUCUUGGCGCUCUACUUGUAUCAACAUUUGAUAUAUUUUACGUGCGGUUUGCGAUGAUGCAUCGUUAAGGUUCAUUUCUAAACAUCAUCCGGUAAUGAUAAAAACCUGAAUUCGUCUGUAAGUGGUGCAUUUAGAUUAAUUUUGUGUAAUUAGCGGCCAACUUUAAUAGAUUGAGAGUUCCAGUUGCCCAAGGUCAAUCGAAUACUUACUUAUCUCCUACUUAUUUUAUAAUAACUAGGAAAUGGCAUGACUUUGACUGUUUAAUGGCAAAAUUUACCUUGUCUACGGUCCCUUUUGACUUAAAGGUUACAGCUCGACGAUGUGUGCUUGUUCUUGAGGAUUUCAUUGUGAGCUGCUUUGUCAAGACUUGCGUUUUACGACUGCAAUGAUAGUUUCGGCGGAAGUGGCGUGAAAUUCUUCAGUCAGUAUGUCUACAGUUACAAAGGUUGAAAAUUCAAUUUUAUUUGUGCAGUUAUCAAAUAAGAUAGUGGAAAACGUAUACAAUGGAUUAUUCGAAGUGUAAAUUAUUGGUAGUAAACUGGCUUUACGGAUACGCCUGAUUAUCGGAAGGCGAAAUAAAUGUAAGCGUUACAUCAAAUAAAAUAGUGAAUAUAUGAAUGUCAGAAGCUUCGUAUUGCUACAUAUACAGUGCCGUCGGACACCCUAUUACCUGUGAUGUGCCAAACUCUAAAAGCCUUAUGGGUCUUUUUGAAAUAUGCAGCGUUGAUUUAAAAAUCAUGAACUUGUCUGGUUCUGGUACCCAAAAGUGCCAUUCUCGUAAAAUGUCUUAAAAUACCAUAGUGAAAAAAUACAUUUCCUGAUAAUAAAACGGUAAAGCUGGUAAAUGUAGGUGAAGCGCUAGUACUGUGUGGCAAAAUAAUUAAAGUUAAACGUCCGUCAAAGACACCAAAAAACCUUAGAAAAAAUCUGGGAAAUAUCAGCUUUAAAAAUAUGAAAUCGUUUUUAACCUAAUUAUAAGGACCUUUGUCUAUACUUAUUGUCCUCUAUUUCAUUAGUUUAUCCAAAGGGCCUGCAAAAA